CGGGAACCCAGCAUCGACCUGCUACAGGCCUUCGUGGAGCACUGGAAGGGCGUCACACACUACUACAUCGAGAGCACAGAUGAAAACACCCCAGUCAAGAAAACAGAUAUUCCCUGGCGGUUGAGGCAGAUGCUGGACAUCCUGGUGUAUGAGGAGCGGCAGCAGGUGGCGGCUGGCGAGGCAGGGCCCUGUCUAGAAUACCUGCUGCAGCACAGGAUCCUGGAGACCCUAUGCACGCUGGGCAAGGCCGAGUACCCCCCAGGCAUGCGGCAGCAGGUGUUCCAGUUCUUCAGCAAAGUCCUGGCCCAGGUGCAACACCCCCUGCUGCAUUACCUCAGUGUCCACAGGCCUGUGCAGAAACUUCUCCGACUUGGUGGGUCAGUCCCUGGAUCCCUCACAGAAAAGGAGGAGGUGCAGUUCACCAGCGUCCUCUGCUCCAAGAUCCAGCAGGAUCCAGAGCUGCUCACCUACAUCCUGGAAGGUAAAAAAAUCAUCAGUAGGAAGAAGGCACCCAGAGAGUCUACCGCCCUGUCCAAAGACUCAGCCUGCCACACGGACAAGGACCAUUUCCACAGCAGUGCUCCUGACAAAGGAUCCCAGCUGGAUGGGGAGCACUGUGGGGCCCAGGCCUUGAACAGCCACCUGCCUGCUGAGACUGAGGGGCCAGAUAGUGGGACUGGGGAGAGCACCCUGAUCACCUCCCUACUUGGACUGUGCAAGAGCAAGAAGAGUCGAGUGGCCCUGAAGGCCCAGGAGAACUUGCUGCUCCUGGUAAGUGUGGCCUCCCCAGCAGCUGCCACCUACCUGGUGCAGAGCAGCCCCUGUUGCAUGGCCAUCGCAGAGCACCUUUGCCAGCUGUACCGAUCCCUGCCUGCCUUCCUCGACCCCGCAGACAUCGCAGCUCUAGAGGGCAUCAGCUGGAGGUUACCCAGUGCCCCAUCCGAUGAAGCAUCCUUCCCUGGCAAGGAGGCCCUGGCUGCCUUCCUGGGCUGGUUUGAUUACUGCGACCACCUUAUCACAGAGGCACAUGCGGUGGUUGCAGAUACCUUGGCAAAGACUGUGGCUGAGAAGCUGUUUGUGGAGACUCUGCAGCCCCAGCUCCUGCAUGUAUCUGAGCAAAGCAUCCUGACCUCCACCGCGCUGCUGACGGCCAUGCUGCGCCAGCUCCGCUCCCCCGUGCUGCUGCAGGAAGCUGUGGCCUUCCUCCUGGGCCCUGACCAGCAGCCUGCAGCCCUUGAGGACAACCCCCGCACCCUGUGUUCACACCUCAUCAGACACUGCGACCACCUCUCCGACGAGAUCAGCAUCGCCACACUGAGGCUGUUCGAGGAGCUGCUCCAGAAGCCCCAUGAGCAGGUCAUCCGUGACCUGGUCUUGUGCAACCUCGACGGCCGUCUGUACGUGGCCCGGGGCUCACCGGAGCCCGAGAGUUAUGAGGACACCCUAGACCUGGAGGAAGACCCCUACUUCACCGACGACGGCUUCCUCGACUGCGGCUUUUCACCUUCUGCAAAACCUCGUACCGCUCCUCCCACGAGUGCCCCUGGCAAGACUGCAGUUACGGAGAUCGUCAACAGUUUCCUCUGCCUGGUGCCGGAGGAGGCCAAGACCUCAGCUUUCCUGGAGGAGACUGGCUAUGACACGUAUGUCCACGAUGCCUACGGACUGGUAAGUGGCAACUCUGCAGUAAGUACCCCUCUUGUCCUUCCGAGACCUUGGGUUGACAAACUCCUUUGGUGUCCUGCCCAAGGGGCCCCAGGCCCAUCCCUCCUGCAUUGGGUCCCUCGGCUGGGCCCUUCAACUGUCCCCCAACUCUCCUCCUUUCUGCUUCAGUUCCAGGAGUGUAGCUCCCGCGUCGCCCCCUGGGGCUGGCCCCUGGGUCCUGCACCCCUGGACCUCCAUGAGCCCGAACGGCCUUUCUUUGAGGGUCCCUUCCUCCAAGUGCUGUUUGACCGCAUGGCCCGGAUUUUGGAUCAGCCAUACAGCCUGAACCUGCAAGUGACCUCAGUCCUGUCCCGGCUCGCCCUCUUCCCCCACCCCCAUAUCCACGAGUACCUCCUGGAUCCCUACAUCAACCUGGCCCCUGGCUGCCGGAGCCUGUUCUCUGUGCUUGUUAGGGUGAUUGGAGACUUGAUGCAAAGAAUUCAGAGGGUACCCCAGUUCCCAGGCAAACUGCUCCUGGUACGCAAGCAACUGAUGGGCCAGGUCCCUGGGGAGCAGCUGGACCACCAGAUCCUCCUUCAGGGUGUGGUCGUACUUGAGGAGUUCUGCAAGGAGCUGGCUGCCAUCGCUUUCGUCAAGUUUCCCCCACAUGGUCCUCAGCUGAACCUCUCCCCACCCCCGGAAGGGCAAGUCUGAGCCAGGAGUAUGACGGGCAGGUGAGGAGACUCCUGUCCAAACCUCUGCUCAGAAGCUGCCUCCUGCCUGGCUCCGCUGCCACUGCUCUCCUCUGGGUUGCGGGCCUCAGCUCCCAGGCCAACUCUGGGAGGCCUUGACCUGUUGACCACAUGGGCCAGGGUUUCAGGGAGUGGGCUUCUGAAGUGCCAAGGAGCAAGAGAGAGAGAUGGCUUCCCAGGCAUCAGGGUCCUCGGGCCUUCUCGGAGAAUGUGAGUGGUGGCCAGUGAGCGCCCAGACCCUGACCCUUCUGUGUUAUGGGACUGUUCCCUCAGUGCUGUCCCUGUGUGGUCAAGGCCAUGACCUGUGACAGAUAACUCCAUGGGCAACGGGGACUGAGCUCCUGGCUCCCAGGAACCCAAGCCAGAGAGAUGGGGACCAGAAGCCCUGUCACGAGGCACCAUGGAAGCUGCUGAAAUUUGUCAUUUUUUCUUGCCUUCUUGGCUUGAGCUGUGGAGAAGGGGCAGAGAAGGGGACUGUGGGGGAUCCCCCUCUUCCUGCCCUGCCCUACUGUAGACUGUUGCAAAAUUCCCAACUGCUUCAUGGCACAUGCCCAAAGCAUGCUCCGCACCCAGGCGGGGGCAGCCACUAAUGAGAACCCCAGAGCCGUGGCAGCCAGGGCAGGUGGGCGCCUUGGAGCUGGGGAGCCAGGUGCCAGUCCACACAGCUCCAGCUGCUUCCUCUCUGGCGCCUUCUGAACCCGUCUCAGCAGGUCCACAACACCUGGGCAGAGAGGUCAGUGACCAGGGGAGGCCAUCCUUGCUCUCCAAAAUCCAACUCCCGCUCAAUGCUCCCAGUGGAACAGCUGGAGCACAGGACCUCAGGGUACAGAUGGGCAGGACACCCCUGCCUCCAGACCCCCGAGGCCUGGUGGGGAGGGGCCGAGGCACAGGCAGUUGGUUCUGGUGUUCUUCUCCCUGUGUGCACUCCACGGCUGGGUCUGCUACCCCGCCCGGCCGAAUCUGUCUCAACCUGCAGGAACACGGGCGUAGCCAGGCAUUACCUCACAGCGGGACUGCAGUUGCUGGCUUCGCUCCUGGGCAAGGAGGAGCAAGCCAGAGCCCCUUUUGCUUCCUUUUCCUGCCCAUGCCGCUUCUAGAAGCCUGGCACAGGUUGCCAAGAGGUGACAUGAAAGAGGAGGGAACUCAGUGACCUCUACCUCUCCCGCAUUCCUCCAGCGGGGGAGGACUCUUGCUGCUUGGAAGAAUGCCGUGCAUGUGUGCACAGGGUGUUGGUGUGGCAGGAGAGCAGACAGUGGCUGGAUCGGGUCUGGACACAGAUUCUUAAACUGUUCGAGGGUCUGAGAGUCCCGGGCCUCUAAUCAAUGCACUUUGGCAUUUGCACGGUGUCUUCCCCCAGGUAGCACAGCAAUAAACAGUGUGACUGCGUGGACUCGA